CCUCGUAUACUCUACAACAGUGGAGAGAAGGCGGGAUUUUUGUCGAAUAUUGUGGUACGUUGUAGUGGUUACUAGAAUAGUGGAGAAUUUUGUAGAUGUUUCUCGAAACGAACAGAGACAUUCAUUUCAUUCAUUCGAGUGAAUUCUUUAAAUUUCUAGAUUUUUCUCAUAUGUUCCACUCACAUUUUUUUGAAUGUAUAUUGCAUAAUGUAUUGCAUGAAAAAUGUCAUUAAUUUCACAUGUUCGUAAACGUAUUGUAUUGAAUAGAAUUUUUCCCAUUAUUAAUUUAUUGAACGAUAAUAAUUCAACAUCGACAUCUACCGAACCAUUUAUUCAUUCAAAUUUAAAACUAUCCGAUCAAAUUAAAUCGGAUAAUAAUAAUCAACAAAAUGUUGAAAAAUAUUCGCAUCCCGCUCCAUUAAGAUCAUUGAAGAAUAAAUCUUCCACUAAUAUCCAUUCAUCUGAAUUUAUCGACUAUAAACGUGUUCACGUAAAAGGCGGAAAAGGAGGUGAUGGUAUGAUCUGUUUUCUUCAACUUUGGUCUAAUCCACAAGCCGGACCAAGCGGUGGUGACGGUGGCAAUGGUGGUCAUGUUAUUUUCGAAGCAUCAAAAAAUACUAAAUCAUUGAAUCAGAUUAAAUCUAAAUAUACUGGUGAACAAGGAGAGAAUGGUAUGCAUAAAGAUAUGACCGGAAAAAAUGCUCCACAUAUGACCAUAUCAGUGCCAAUUGGAACUCUAGUCAAAGAUGCUCAAACAGAUCAAAUUGUAGCCGAUUUAUAUUGUGAUAAGAUGAAAUUUUUAGCUGCCAAAGGUGGAAGUGGUGGAAAAGGUAAUCAUUAUUUUUUAAGCAAUAAAAAUCGACAUCCAUAUGUAGCCGAAGUUGGAGCACAAGGUGAAGAUAAUCAAUGGAUUCUUGAGAUGAAAAUUAUUGCUCAUGCUGGUUUAGUUGGAUUUCCAAAUGCUGGAAAAUCUACUUUGUUAAGUGCAUUAUCUCGUGCUCGACCUAAAGUUGCUAGUUAUCCAUUUACAACACUAAAACCAUCUGUAGGUAUUGUACAAUAUGAAGAUAUGGAACAAUUAUCCAUCGCUGAUCUGCCUGGUAUCAUUUCGGAAGCUCAUUGUAACAAAGGUUUAGGAUUGAAUUUUCUUAAACACAUUGAACGUUGUGUAUGCCUUUUCUUUGUCAUCGACAUGUCCAUUGAUGAACCAUUUGAACAAUUGAAAAUUCUUAUGAAAGAAAUAGAUCUUUACAAAAGUGAAUUAUUACAAAAGCCUAUUACGAUCAUCGCUAAUAAAAUAGAUAGUGAUGAUGAUUCAGCCACAAAAUUAAAAAUAUUUCUACAACAUUUGAAUACGAAUAAUUUGUUUCAUUUAAAAGUGAUUCCAGUAUCCGGCAAAUAUGGUACAAAUUUAACAGAAUUAUUAAUUCAUUUUAGAGAAUUGUAUGAUUCACAAAAUCUUGAUCAAAAUAAUAAUUUUGAAUAAAUAAAUUCUUAUAAAAAAAAA